AUGGAGAAAUUAGCAUCAAUUGAUGCCCACUUGAGGCUAUUAGUGCCUGGAAAAGUGUCUGAAGAUGACAAGCUUGUUGAGUAUGAUGCUCUGCUUUUGGAUCGAUUUCUUGAUAUUCUGCAGGAUUUGCAUGGAGAAGAUCUCAAGGAGACGGUGCAAGAGUGCUAUGAGCUUUCUGCAGAGUAUGAAAGCAAUCUCGACUCACAAAAGUUGGAAGAGCUUGGAAAUGUUUUAACGAGUUUGGAUCCCGGAGAUUCAAUCAUUGUUGCAAAAGCUUUCUCUCAUAUGCUUAACUUGGCCAACUUGGCAGAGGAGGUUCAAAUUGCUUACCGCAGGAGGAACAAGAAGAAAAAGGGGGAUUACACAGAUGAAAACUCUGCUACUACUGAAUCUGACAUUGAAGAAACUCUUAAGAGACUUGUAAUUGAUUUAAAGAAAUCUCCACAAGAGGUUUUUGAUGCACUGAAGAAUCAGACGGUGGAUCUGGUUUUUACCGCUCAUCCUACCCAAGCUGUUCGAAGAUCAUUACUUCAAAAACAUGGAAGAAUUCAGAAUUGCUUAUCCCAGUUGUAUGCCAAAGAUAUUACACCUGAUGAUAAGCAAGAGCUUGACGAGGCCCUACAGAGGGAGAUUCAAGCGGCUUUCCGAACCGAUGAGAUUCGGAGGACUCCUCCAACCCCACAAGAUGAAAUGAGGGCUGGAAUGAGCUACUUCCAUGAAACUAUCUGGAAGGGUGUGCCAAAGUUUAUGCGCCGUGUUGAUACAGCACUUAAGAAUAUAGGGAUUGAAGAGCGAGUUCCUUACAAUGCUCCGCUUAUACAAUUCUCUUCUUGGAUGGGUGGAGAUCGUGAUGGCAAUCCAAGGGUAACUCCUGAGGUCACACGUGAUGUUUGCUUGUUGGCCAGAAUGAUGGCAGCUAACCUGUACUAUUCCCAGAUAGAAGAUCUAAUGUUCGAGUUGUCCAUGUGGCGUUGCAGCGAUGAGCUCCGUGUACGAGCAGACGAACUCCAUAAAUCUUCAAAGAGAGAUGCAAAACAUUACAUAGAGUUCUGGAAACAAAUUCCCGCGAACGAGCCCUAUCGUGUCAUCCUUGGCGACGUGAGGGAUAAGUUGUAUCAGACACGUGAGCGUUCUCGUCAUUUAUUAGCCCAUGGAACAUCUGAGAUCCCAGAAGAGGAAACUUACACAAAUGUUGAGGAGUUCCUGGAACCUCUGGAACUCUGCUAUAGAUCGCUUUGUGCUUGUGGUGACCGCCCAAUAGCUGAUGGGAGCCUUCUGGAUUUUUUAAGGCAAGUUUCCACAUUUGGGCUCUCACUCGUGAGACUUGAUAUAAGACAAGAGUCAGAUAGGCACACUGAUGUCCUAGACGCCAUUACCAAACACUUAGAAAUUGGCUCGUAUCGAGAAUGGUCCGAAGAGCAGAAGCAGGAAUGGCUCCUGUCUGAACUCAGCGGCAAACGACCCCUAUUUGGAUCUGAUCUUCCACAGACCAAGGAGAUUGCUGAUGUUUUGGAUACAUUUCAUGUAUUAGCAGAACUCCCACCUGACUGCUUUGGAGCAUACAUUAUUUCAAUGGCCACAGCACCAUCUGAUGUGUUAGCCGUUGAGCUUCUACAGCGUGAAUGCCAUGUGAAGCACCCUUUGAGAGUUGUUCCGCUCUUCGAGAAAUUAGCAGAUCUCAAGGCUGCUCCUGCUGCCGUUGCACGCCUUUUCUCAGUUGAUUGGUACAGAAACAGGAUUAAUGGUAAGCAAGAAGUCAUGAUUGGGUACUCAGACUCCGGCAAAGAUGCUGGUCGGCUAUCAGCAGCUUGGCAAUUAUACAAGGCUCAGGAAGAGCUUGUCAAAGUUGCAAAGCAAUAUGGAGUGAAGCUGACUAUGUUCCACGGUCGAGGUGGAACUGUGGGAAGAGGUGGAGGCCCCACCCACCUUGCCAUAUUGUCUCAACCUCCAGACACUAUAAAUGGAUCUCUUCGUGUUACAGUUCAGGGAGAGGUAAUCGAGCAAUCAUUUGGCGAGGAACACCUAUGUUUCAGAACACUCCAACGUUUUACUGCUGCUACACUUGAACAUGGAAUGCGGAUCCCAGUCUCCCCAAAGCCCGAGUGGCGUGCCCUUUUGGAUGAAAUUGCUGUUGUGUCCACAGAGGAGUACUACUCAAUUGUCUUCAAUGAACCCAGAUUUGUUGAAUAUUUCCGCCUUGCCACACCAGAAUUGGAGUAUGGUCGGAUGAACAUUGGUAGUCGUCCAUCGAAAAGGAAACCAAGCGGAGGCAUUGAAUCACUAAGAGCUAUUCCAUGGAUCUUUGCCUGGACGCAGACGAGGUUCCAUCUCCCUGUUUGGCUUGGCUUUGGGGCCGCAUUCAAAUACGCCAUCAAAAAGGACAUUCAUAACCUCAAUGUACUGCAGGAAAUGUACAACAAUUGGCCUUUCUUUCGAGUAACAAUUGAUUUAGUAGAGAUGGUAUUUGCCAAGGGAAACCCUGUUAUUGCUGCUUUGUACGACAAACUCCUAGUUUCAGAAGAUCUAUUGUCAUUCGGUGAGCAUUUGAGGGCAAACUAUGAAGAAACAAAGAGUCUUCUGCUUCAGAUUGCUGGACAUAAGGAUCUUCUAGAAGGAGACCCAUACUUGAAGCAACAACUUCGUUUACGUGAUGCCUACAUUACGACCUUGAACGUGAGCCAGGCUUACACUCUGAAGCGAAUCCGGGAUCCAAACUACCAUGUGCAGCUGAGGCCACACAUUUCCAAAGAAUACAUGGAAACAAAACCCGCCGAUGAACUUGUGAAGUUGAACCCUACGAGUGAGUAUGCCCCGGGGUUGGAGGACACCCUUAUCUUGACCAUGAAGGGUAUUGCUGCUGGAAUGCAAAACACUGGUUAA